UACUUACACCAAUACACAGAAAUAAACUUACACCAAUACAAUAGAUAGUUACUUUUUUUUUUUUUUACACAGAUAGUUACUUACACGUACACACACACAUUCAGACAAUAUCAAUGGAGAAGAUAUCAAAUUUGUUAGAAGAUAAGCCAGUGGUGAUAUUCAGCAAGACCUCGUGCUGUAUGAGUCACACAAUCAAGUCGCUUAUAUCUGGAUACGGUGCGAAUCCGACGGUGUACGAGCUAGAUGCGAUGUCUAAUGGAGCAGAAGUCGAAAGAGCACUGGCCGAGCUUGGAUGCAAACCGACCGUGCCAGCUGUCUUUAUAGGACAACAGCUCGUCGGUGGUGCAAAUCAGCUUAUGUCUCUUCAAGUCAGGAACCAACUAGGUUCGUUGCUCCGAAGAGCUGGAGCCAUAUGGAUUUAAGACUUUCAAUCCCAAAUUAAUUAAACGCGUAAUGUUUUCAUUUCGAGAUGCAUAUAUAUAUAUAUAUAUAUAUAUAUAUAUAUAUAUCUUUUAGUAUAGAUCAGUGAUUGAAACAUAUAUUAUGUGUUUAUGCUUCAAACACUGCGCGAGAUGAUCAAUGUUUGAAGCAUAUAUAUUAAUAUAUAUAGGUGUAAGUUCAGGAAGAAAGAAGAAAAAAGCAGUUGUGGAUACAAUUUCGCUUUUGUGUUUUGAAUGCAAUCGCAACUGUGUAAUAGGAAUAAAAUCGUAUUUGCAUCAUAUGCAUUUACCUAAUUACCUGAUAUAUAUUACAUAUAAGUGAUUUAUCAGUUUUUGUUGCCUUGUGCUAUGGUGCAUUUCUUAUAACAUUAUAAUAUUCAAGAAAAAAUAACAAAAUAUUUCAUAUGUUAUGUAAUAUUUGUAUAGUAUCUACAGUUUGAAGUCAUACAAAGUCAGUAGAAAAUGUGAUGUAGCGGCUGUUCAUGGAUUGGUAUAUAGAAGUAAACUGUUCGUACGUUAUCA